CUCACUUAUUCCCGUCAGCAUUGUACAGCGCCCUCGCGUCACAUCCAUGCAGCACCAGUUAGACUGUCAUUGAUAUCGUAUCUGUCAGCAUCCCCGAAGCCACAAGGUGUUGAGAACGGCCGCGUGUGCCGAGCGCAUGGCCAUGAAAGAGGAGGCUGUCUAUCCCUCAACAAGUCCCGAGGCUGCAUCCAACUCUUUAACGCCCGGCGAUCCACCGCCCAAGAAGAGGCAGAAGAGAAACAAACCAACUCUAAGCUGCGAAGAAUGUGUUGAGCGCAAAACAAAGUGUGAUCGUACCCGGCCUCAUUGUCUGGCGUGCAUCAAACGGCAGUCGACAUGCAAGUACUCGGACAUUGCGAAUCUGAUCGCAACAUCUGCAGACGGCGUUGGCACCGCGCGUAAUCCGGGACGAUCCAGGAAGCAGCAGCAGAAGCCCACACAACUCCAGCUUGGCAGCGACACGAAGCAGCAUCCACUCCCUGUUCAGCAUCUUGCUCAGGUAGCGACCCCUGUAAGGUCAAACUAUCGCAGUACAUCGCAGUCUUCAACUGGAUCAUCGCCAUUCUUACUGUCCAAUGUGCCGUUCUCAAGUAGAGCCCCACACCCUUUCUUCGGCUUAGGCUCUGAGCAUCCCUUCGCCAACUACUGGACCAGUCGCGGUGGACUCGCUGAGGUCGUGGGUGUGUUGCCAGCAAAAGAGCAGGCUGACAUCCUUGUUGACAAGUACUUCGAUGCCGUCGAUCCUGUGUAUCCUAUGAUACACCGACGGAACUUCUAUGCCGACUAUGAGCGCUUCUGGGCGAUGUCGCCGGAGGAGAAGCAGAAAGCCGAUCCGGUGACGGUUGCUCUGCACUUCGUCGUGUAUGCCAUGGGGACACAGUUCAUUCAUACGCCGUCAAAUGCAGAAAGGGCACAAAUCGCCGAGUUCUACGUAUCAGCAGCACAGCAAGCGCUGAGGUUGUCGUCGUACCUGAGCAGAGCUUCAGUCAGGACAUUACAGGCCAUGGUCCUCAUAGGGUACUUCCUCAUGAACGAUAACCACGCUUCCGACGCCUGGGCAUUUGGCGGCGUCCUAGUACGGCAAGCCUACGCUAUGGGCCUACACCGCGACCCAGACGUCAUAGCAUCCCGCUGUUCACGCAGCGACAAGCAACAACGGCGCAAACUCUGGCAAGCCAUUUUCUUCCAAGACACAUUCCUGACUGUACUUCUUAAACUGCCCCCGACAACCACCUUCUCCGACGUGCGCCCCGAAUCCCUCGACGACUCUCUCGAUGACUAUGCCAUGCCCAACGGCUCUUCCAACAGCUCGACCCACCCGGUCCUCAACCCCAUGAGCAUAACACACAUUGCGCAACUUAAAGACGUGUAUCCGCCCUACGAGCUUGCAGACCGCCGCUACAUUCGCUCAAUGUGGCACAUGGCCAACCUCGUCUCGCGCACAGUUUGCACACCACGCUCACUUUCAACCCCGCUCACAACGUCUCUCGCGCACAAGAGCCAACUAAUCGAAGAAUACUUUGCUCUUCACCGUUCCUUCCCGACCGAAUUGACUGCCUCGAGCGAUGCUACGAUCGCCAAACUGGCCGACACGAGUCCGCGCAGUUUACGACAGAAUCUGUUCUUCCGCAGCAACUUCUGGCACUGCGUCAUGGUGAUUCAAUCCGACGAGAACCCGGCUGAGGGGUAUAUGUGCGAAGUGAAGGGGUGUCUUGAGGCGGCGAGAAUGGCGGUGCAGAGUUUCCUCCAUUUCUGGCAGCAUCUGAGGGUCGAUGCGGGUGUGUGGUGGGUUUUCCAACACCGGGCUUUCGAGGAGGCUCUUCUGAUCGCGAGGAUUCUAGGACAGCAGGAACAGCCCCUCAGUCCGGGACAUAAUGGCCCGCCGAGUACAGAUCCACUGCUUAUGGCAGCGAAGGAGGAUGCGAGGAAGUGCCUGGAGAUCCUGGAUCUGGUAGGAAUUGCGCCCGAGAUGCAGAAGACGAGGACAGAGGUUCUGAGGACCGCGUUUGCGGAUAUCCUGUGGUGAUCAAGUUAGGGUAUUGAUUAGAAGGGCGGGGAAUGAUUUGCUGGGUUCGAGCGAUAUCGAUAAAUUUAUUUAAGCUUAGUUGAUUAAUAC